AUGUCAGGAGAAUCCCCAGUAGGCGAGGAGAAGCAUCGUCGAGCUUCGCAAACCGCAGUUGACUCGGGCCUCGCCAAUGAGGAUGACGCUGCAAUGCUUGCAAAGCUCGGAUACAAGCAAGAGCUACGACGAAACUUUACGAUGAUUGAGGUCUUCGGCAUAGCUUUCAGCAUCAUGGGCCUACUUCCCAGCAUUGCAAGUACCCUGGCCUACUCAAUUCCAGCUGGCCCGGCUGGGAUGGUGUGGUCUUGGUUCCUGGCCUCAAUGUUCAUCUUCGUUGUCGGACUAGCAAUGGCAGAUCUCGGUUCCGCCAUGCCAACGAGCGGUGGACUGUAUUGGUGGACCCAUUACUUCGCAUCGCCAUCCAGCCGCAACGCUCUUUCCUUCCUCGUCGGCUACUCGAAUACCCUUGGCUUGGUCGGCGGUCUUUGCUCCAUCGACUACGGCUUCGCUCUGAUGCUGUUGAGCGUCGUAGUGAUCGCCAAAGACGGCGAAUGGGCGCCCUCCAACGGCAUCGUCUAUGCUGUCUUCCUGGGCUGUGUCAUUUGCCAUGGUAUACUCGCCUCCACGAUGUCAAAGAUCAUGGGGAAGCUUCAGACUGCUUUUGUUGUCAUGAACUUUAUCCUGAUCUUUGCGACGAUCAUCGCUCUGCCAAUCGGACGGGCAUCGCAGCGGAACGAUGCUGAGUUCAUCUUCACGAAGAUGUCGAAUCUGACAGCAUGGCCGACGGGAUGGACGUUCAUGCUUGCGUGGUUGAGUCCGAUAUGGACGAUUGGAGGCUUCGACUCCUGCGUCCACAUGUCCGAAGAAGCCGCCAACGCCACCAAAGCCGUCCCCUACGGCAUCCUCAUGUCCAUCGGCUCCUGCUGGCUCUUCGGCUGGAUCAUCGUCAUCGUCCUCGCAGCCUGUAUGUCUCCCGACCUCGAAAGUCUGACCGGCACCAAGUUCGGGCAGCCGAUGGCGCAGAUCUACUACGAUGCGAUUGGAAAAUCUGGAGCCAUUGGCCUCAUGACGCUUCUCUUCAUCGUGCAGUUCUUGAUGGGCCUGUCGAUCCUGGUGGCGGUCUCCCGUCAGAGCUGGGCCUUCAGUAGAGAUGGCGCGCUGCCGUUCAGCCCGUAUAUUCGAGUCAUCAGCACUCGACUUGGGUAUAUCCCUUUCCGCGCGAUCUGGUUCUGCGUUGCCAUCGCUGCUGUCCUCGGAUUGCUGUCUCUAAUUGCUCCGGCCGCUGCUCAGGCGCUCUUCUCGCUAGCUGUCGCUGGCAACAACGUCGCUUGGGGGACACCGAUCUUCUGCCGUAUCGUCUGGGGGAGAUCAAAGUUCAAGCCCGGUCCCGUCUACACUGGACGCUUCAGCAUUCCGCUCGCAUGGACCGCUAUCGUCUUCUUGGUCUUCGGCACGAUGCUGAGCAUGUUCCCGGUCGGCGGGCCGGAUCCUACACCUUCGAGCAUGAAUUAUACGAUCGUUAUUAAUGGGGCAGUGUGGCUGGGAGCGCUGGCGUAUUAUUUCAUCGAUGCUCGGAAAUGGUUCACUGGACCCAAAAUCACUCUCAACAUGGACGAGUUGAGCGAGAGCCAAGAGCGCGCUAUCGUUGAGGAGGGAAUCGAGGUCAAGCAUGAGGCUCUGCCGGAAGCGGGCACUCAGAACGUUCCACUAGCGAAAGAAGUGUCGAAGGCGUAG